GAUUCAUCAUCGUUAAUGGCGUCCUUCUGUUCAUACCUGCUCUGUUUCAUCCAAAUUUCUUCUCUGUUUGUGUAUUCCACCUUAGCCGCAGACCCAGUUGCCAACUUCGAAUUGGAGUAUUCUUAUACAACUAUCUCUCCAUUGGGAGUCGAUCAACAGGUUAUAGCUGUUAAUGGAAAAUUUCCUGGUCCAAUUAUGAAUGUCACCACAAAUUACAAUGUGGUGGUCAAUGUUAAGAACAAGUUGGAUGAAGGUCUUCUAAUUACAUGGUCGGGGAUACAAAUGCGUCGAGUUUCAUGGCAAGAUGGUGUUGCUGGGACAAAUUGCCCCAUCCCUCCAAAGUGGAACUGGACUUACCAGUUUCAAGUUAAGGAUCAAAUUGGAAGCUUCUUCUAUUUCCCGUCCCUCAAUUUUCAGAGGGCGGCUGGUGGAUUUGGCUCGUUCGUGGUCACAAAUCGGGCGGUUAUUAACCUGCCUUUCGCCACUCCUCAGGGCGACAUUGUUAUCAUGAUUGGCGAUUGGUACACCCGGAAUCACUCGGCACUGAGGUCCGCCCUUGAUGCUGGGAAAGAACUAGGCAUGCCCGAUGGAGUUCUCAUGAAUGGAAAGGGACCAUACCAGUACAACAAUUCACUUGUUCCAGAUGGGAUUGAUUACGAAACCAUCAACGUUGAUCCUGGACAAACGUACCGAAUCAGAGUGCACAAUGUUGGCGUUUCAACAUGUUUGAACUUUCGCAUCCAGAACCAUAACCUCCUUCUGGCUGAAACCGAAGGUUAUUACACCGUGCAACAAAACUAUACUAGCGUAGACAUCCAUGUGGGUCAGUCUUACUCAUUUUUGGUCACCAUGGACCAGAAUGCAAGUAGUGAUUACUAUAUUGUAGCAAGUGCCCGGUUCGUAAACCAGUCUGUCUGGCAAAGGGUCACUGGUGUUGCCGUGUUGCAUUAUUCCAAUUCGAAAGGAAAGGCGUCGGGUCCUCUCCCUGACCCCCCAAACGAUUUCUACGAUAAGUCUUAUUCAAUGAAUCAGGCCAUGACCAUCAGGCAAAACGUAUCGGCAAGUGGAGCCCGGCCCAACCCUCAGGGUUCUUUCCGUUACGGUUCAAUCAACGUGACGGAUACUUACAUUAUUCAGAGUUUGCCUCCGACAACAAUUGAUGGGAAACGCCGCGCCACCUUAAACGGGAUUUCAUUUGUGAAUCCCGAUACUCCGGUCAGACUUGCAGACAUGUACAAUGUGAAGGGUGCUUACAAACUCGAUUUCCCGAGCAAGCCUUUAACAGGGAAGGCUAUAAGAGAUAGGUCCAUGAUCAACGCCACAUACAAAGGAUUCAUAGAAAUCAUACUGCAGAACAACGAUACAAUCCCUCAAAGCUUUCACUUGGACGGUUAUUCCUUUUUUGUUGUCGGGAUGUCUUUUGGCGUAUGGACGGAGAACAACAGGGGAUCGUAUAAUAAGUGGGAUGCGAUAUCUCGAACCACAACACAGGUUUUUCCGGGGGCUUGGACUGCAGUUCUUGUCUCAUUGGACAACCCGGGGGCAUGGAACCUUAGAUCAGACAAUCUUGAUAGAUGGUAUUUGGGGCAAGAGACGUACAUGAGAAUAGUAAACCCCGAAGAAGAUAACACAACCGAGUUUGCUGCCCCCGAAAAUAGGCUAUACUGCGGCGCCCUUGCCUAUUUGCAAAAGAAACAGAAAAACUCGGCAGCUCGGUUUGUCGUCGGACCAACAAACUUCUUCCAGACGUUGCUCAUUGUGUUGUCGUCUGCAAUUCUAAUGUUGCGCUAAGUCGCUCAUUCAUUUUCGUGGAGAAUUUGCAUAAAAUUUCUGUUAGUCGGAUCAUUUUUUUUUUUUUUCUGUUUCAUA